AUGCCUGACUUUGGGAAGAAGCUCCCCGGCGGGCGACCGAUAGAGCCAAGAGCAACAUCGAAUACGCUGCGACUCUUCUUCUCAUUUCUGGUCUUCUAUAUUCUGCUCAUCUUCUACGCACGUGCGCGAUGCUUUCGCGACCCGGGCUCAGCAUUCUUCGACCCUUGGACUGCUUACGACCUAUCUUAUUCAUCUGUGAGAAUCGGCCAGGGAGAUUCAUAUAUUGAAUCCUAUAGCAAUGAGACCACUGUGGCAACAAAGUCUUCAUCUGAGCCCGGACUCUGUAUCGGGAUCGCAUCGGUCGCCAGACAUGGUGUUGGCUAUUUCCAGAGUACAGUCGGCACAGUCUUAGAGGGACUGAGCGACACUGAACGGGCCGACAUCCAUCUGAUCCUCUUCAUUGCGCAUACUGACCCAUCAGAGCAUCCUUCCUAUGGGCAACCUUGGCUCUAUGAGCUGGCAGAUCAGGUGCUGCUGUAUGAUCCCGCGGAGGUUGACAUCGAUCACGUCCGAUCCCUCGAAACAGAGGCGGCAAAAGCUUUUGGUCGUGAGAAAGCUCUGUUUGAUUAUACUUAUCUUCUGAAAGCAUGCGAAGCUGUGAAUGCUCCGUAUACUAUGAUCCUUGAGGACGAUGUAGUCGCUAUGGAUGGAUGGUAUCACCGGACUAUCGGUGCUUUGGCAUCAGCUGAGCAGCAGACCAGGGCCCUGGGUGCAUCAAACUGGCUAUACCUCCGCCUUUUCUAUACGGAGGAGUUCUUCGGCUGGAACUCCGAAGACUGGCCAAUCUUCCUCUCGUACUCGAUUCUUGUAGUCUGUCUCGUUGCAUGCGUUUGCUUAGUCUCACGACAAUGUCAACCUCGCCUCCACUCUAGACUCUCGACAGGAUCAAUUUUCAUGUUCAGCGGCAUCUGUACGCCUCUCCUAAUCGGCUUAUUCUUUGCCGCUGGUCGUGUAUCGAUGGUCCCUAUCCAGCAAGGCGUACACCAAAUGCCGCGCUUUGGCUGCUGCUCGCAAGCCUUCGUAUUUCCGCGUUCAAGAGUCCCAGACCUCGUGGAUUUGUAUCAGUCAAAGCACAUCGGGUAUGUGGAUACAAUAACGGAGGAGUUUGCCAGUGCAGCCAAUGAGAUCCGCUGGGCGGUGACUCCCAUUAUCAUGCAGCAUGCUGGGAGAAGGAGCUCUAAGAGUGUGAACAAGGACUCCCACGUCCCGCUGAAGCAUAGGAGCAAAGGCGAACUGUCGGAUGUGGAAAAGCUGUGGAAUUUCGGGUUUGAGCUGAAUGAUGCUGACGCAUUGCGUUCAGAGCACAGGUUUUUUAUUGAUGAGUCUGUUUAA